AUGUCCCUCAACGUGGAGAAUGCUCAAAAGCUGCAAGAAUUGAUAGAUUCGAUCUAUAUCUACCUUCAGUACCAGCUUUGGGAGGAUGUUCAAUGGCUGGUGCUGCAGUGGGUGGGUCCCAUUCUGAUCGUCAUCUUGGCGCUGCAAGGGUUGCUCGCCAUUUUACGUGCCAUUUACAAAAUUGUAUUUCCUCCGGAUGCUCCAGAGCUUUACAGCACUGCUUUGGCAACAUUGCACCACAACCGCCGCAUCCGACUAGACGACAAGGUCCAUCAACGGCAAGCCGAACAACUGUUGCUCAAGGCCAUUGAUCGCGACGAUCUCUACUUUCCAGCCUACCUCUCCUUGGCGGCCUUGUACAUUUAUCAACUCCACGAACCCCACAAAGCACUGCCCGUCUUGACCAAGGCGCAAGAUCGAGGUCCCCCUUCCUUCGUAGAACCCUUGCAAGUGGACGCACAAGUCUUGACGGAAGGAGGCAAUCCAAACAUGUUGGGAGGAGCCAUGUUUGCACAACAAGACUAUCUGUCCGCCAAUCCAGUACCUCUGCGUCAAUGGGAAGACAACAAGGAACAAUUUCGUCAACAAGUCUUGUUGAAAGAAAAAAAGAAACAACAACAAUCAUCAUCUACCAACAACCACCAAAAGCAAAAAGUGUCAUGA